CAUCAUUUGAGUAUGGCGGCUUCGAAGUGACGUCUAUGCUAUUGAUCCAUUUAUAUUCAGUAUUCUCAACGUACGCCAAGGGUUCACAACCUUGCCUUGGUUACAUUUAGUAAGGCUUGUUUUAUUUCAGAAACCAUGGCGGAAUAUUUGGCGUCAAUCUUCGGAACAGAGAAAGACAAAGUCAAUUGUUCUUUCUACUUCAAAAUCGGCGCAUGCCGGCACGGAGACCGAUGCUCUCGAAUUCAUAACAAACCUACCUUCAGUCAGACAAUCUGUCUUCAAAAUUUCUAUGUGAAUCCACAAAAUGCCACCAAAACAGCAGAUGGAACUGCAGUUCCUGGAAUUGUUACCAUGAGUGAUGAAGAAGCACAAGAACAUUUUGAUAACUUCUUUGAAGAUGUCUUUGCAGAGUGUGAAGAUAAGUAUGGGGAAAUUGAAGAAAUGAAUGUUUGUGACAAUCUUGGAGAUCACCUUGUUGGUAAUGUCUACAUCAAGUUUCGCAGAGAGGAAGAUGCCGAAAAGGCUGUUAAUGAUUUGAACAACAGGUGGUUUGCUGGAAGGCCUGUCUACGCUGAAUUAAGCCCUGUUACAGAUUUCCGUGAAGCUUGCUGCCGUCAAUACGAACUUGGAAUGAAGCACAAGAUGGAAGCUCUAGAAGGUGCUCGGGGUGGGAAUAGAGGACGCCCCCGUGUGCCCUUCAGCAGUGCUGACCAAAGUGAAUGUACCCGAAGUGGUUUUUGCAAUUUCAUGCAUCUGAAGCCAAUUUCCCGUGAGCUCCGGCGUGAACUCUAUGGGCGCAAACGCAAAGGAAGGAGUUCUAGCCGCGACAGAGGUGGCUCUGGUGGACCUGGUGGACCUGGUGGUCCUCGAUCUUCACGACCUGAUCGUCGCCGUUCACGUUCCCGUGAACGCGUUGACCGUCGAGAUCGCUCAGGGCGUUAUUGAUUCCUUCUCUUGUAUUUCCGAUUUCAAUCUCGAGCGUAUUGUAAUGCCACUGAAAAAUAAAAUACUUCAAUCUCUUG